AUGGCAGCGGCGAUAACGGAACCCAUGGCUAUCGCAUCGACCUCUGCAGGUUCUGCUGCUUUUUUAACGAUGCCGGAAACGGGAACGCCACCAUUAGCAUCUUCUCUUUCUAACGUUCUUUGUGUAACAUCCAAAACGUCCGAUGUGAUUUGCAAUCCGUGGAGGAAUUUGGUCAGUCAAAACAGGAGGCGUUACAAAAAGGAUAACUUCGAUCUAGAUCUUACAUACAUCACUGACCGGAUCAUUGCAAUGGGCUUUCCAGCUAUAGAUCAAGAAAAAAUUUACCGGAAUAGCAUGGAAGCAACAGUUGCGUUUUUAGAACGUUAUCAUGCUGAUCACUACAUGGUUUUCAAUCUCCGUGGGCGACAUGCAUACGACCCGAGUUAUUUCCACAAUCGCGUCAUGACCUUUGAGAUGGAUGACCAUCAUCCACCAAGGCUGGAAUUGAUGGCACCUUUUUGUCGUGCUGUGCAUGACUAUUUGGCUGCUGAUGAGCAGAAUGUUGUUGCUGUACACUGCAAAGCGGGUAAAGGACGUACGGGUGUAAUGAUUUGUGCUUAUCUCGUGUAUAUAAAUUUUUAUUAUUCACCAAGACAAAAUAUGGAUUACUAUAGUAUUGUAAGGACUGUUAAUAAUAAAGGUGUAACCAUACCAUCUCAGCGACGUUACGUUUAUUAUUUUUCACAUUUAAGGAAACGCAAUCUCAAUUAUAUGCCGCUUCGUUGUGAACUUAUUGGUGUAUACUUUGAACGUCCUCCCAGAUUGAAUGGUAUCUUACUUGAUGGAGCAUAUCGGUUGCGAGUUGCUAAUGGCGAUAUAGAUGUGUUUAUUCCUGGACCCCUUCGAUUAAGUGGUCGGGAUUUUGAUGAAGAGGAGGCACUGUGGGGGCGGUAUCCAUGCUCUGUAGGGGAAGAUCAGUUCAAUCCUUAUGACCCACAACCGGGCAAAGACUGCAUUUCAAGGCGAUGUUAUGGAUGGAGUGUUCCAGCGACGCAAAGAGUAUUCAUGGAAGGUGACGUUCGAAUUGAUUUUUAUGCGAAGAAGUGGUUUAAAGGUCUGGGAUGGACUUUGAAAGAUCGAGAGAAGCUAGGGCAUGUUUGGUUCAAUACAAUGUUUACUUGUCCUGGAUAUUGUGGUGGGGUCUAUGUACAUGGUGACGAGGCGUAUCCUUAUCCAAAAGGUACAACAACGAUAUCCAGUCCAUGGCCGCCUAUCGAUUCUCGAUCUUGCGAAACAGCAAAUGGCAUUCUUAAAAAUACUUGGUUUUCUGAUGGUAGUCGUAGUAAUAGAAGGAAACGGUAUGAGAAAAAAUCCCAUAUGAAAAACGAAGGAUCAGUAUCGCAUGAGUGCAAUAUUGAUUCUCCUCCGGGACUUGAAAAACAUUGCCCUUAUCGAUGUUUGCCUCUAAUAUAUCCUGAACAGCUUGGACGGCAGCCUCCACGAAAAGAAAUCAUGGCAAUGUUACGAGAUGCACACACAAAGCAUUUGGCCGGCGGUAAGUAUAAGAAGCAUCUUCAAUCAGUUCCAUCCGGCACUGCUAUCCCUCGAAGUCCUGAAGUCAGGCUAGACUGUGGAGGUCCCAUGUGUUUGAUGCGUCGACCCUACGAACAUGUCCUAACAUUCAGCGUUCUGGAAGUAGACCGAGCUUUCAAGCAUGAUAAAGUAAAUAAGGGCUUGAAAAUAUAUGUGGUGGUGAGGUGCAUUGAUGUUGAUAACAAGGACGAUGUCGAACUAGCAAAGAAAUGUAUCGAAAAUAUGUAUGCAGCACAAGCAAAAAUUGAUGCAUCUAGAACGGAGGAGAUGCGGAAAAAAAGUGGACAAUCCAGAUUUGAAAGCCUUUCUGACAGCACAUCAUCACAUUCAUCAAGUUCUUAUUCAGCAGAUGCUAUAUCUGACCAACCUUGGCGAUGUGACCCACGCUUACAGAAUGCUAAUUUGCGUAAAUACUUCUUCAGACAGCGAGCAGAUUCUAAAUCAGUUCAUCCUCCGGCGAAUUAUAGGUGUAUGCCCAGAAAAGCUGAUUCUCCAUCUUCGGGUUUAUGGGAGACUGGUCUAAUAAAUCACGCUGAUAAUGAUUCUUUGGAUGAAGAAGCUACGAUGAAAAAACAGAUUCAAAAUGAAGAUACUAAGUAUGCAGAAGAAGAUUUUAUAGCAACACAAGAUCGAGAAUGGCUGGAAGAGUCAUCCGAGAGUGAAGAUUGA